AGAGGGCAAAUUGACUCCAUCCGUGACCCCCCUCCACCCGAUAUUAUCUUGCAAUCAUUUACCUUUACUCUGUGAUCUGCUCACAAUCGCAACCCUUUUUCAUCUUUCUUUUGUCCCUUUUAAAGCAGAAUGUCGUCCCUCUGGAACGCAUUGACAGGACAAAAGUCCAACAAAAACAGCUCAUCACAGCAGAACGACGCGCUGCCACCACCACCAACAGAGCCGACAACCACCUUCUCAUCUCCAGCCUUUGAUCCCUCCUCAGCUCAAGGCGUCGACUCCUUCCUCAACAGCUCCACCUUUGCCGACCCAUCCCAGCUCCACCCCCUCGCUGGCCUGAACAAGGAUGCGCUCGAGUACAUCACCCUCGAGGAUUCCGUCAUCUCAGACUUGCCGGGCGGCCAGUCCGUCCUGCCCUCGCGCGGCUUCACCGACGACCUCUGCUAUGGCGCCGGUGUGACAUAUCUAUCCGCGCUGACGAUAGGAGGAGCUUGGGGCCUGCAGGAGGGCCUGAGGAGGAGCGCGGGGCAGGCGCCCAAGCUGCGACUGAACUCAACGCUCAACGCCAUAACACGCCGCGGUCCCUUCCUUGGCAACUCGGCAGGUGUGGUGGCUAUCGUGUACAACUGCAUAAACUCAUACAUUGGGUACCUGCGUGGAAAGCAUGACGCGGCGAACAGCAUUGCCGCCGGCACUCUGAGCGGCAUGCUGUUCAAGAGUACUAGGGGACUGAGGCCGAUGAUGAUCUCUGGAGGCAUCGUAGGAUCAGUCGCUGGUGUUUGGGCUAUCACGCGCAAGACCUUUUUCCCGGAACCGAACCAAGCGCAUGACUGAGCGAAACCUUAAUGGACGGGAGGACGGGCAGAUGCUAGCUGAGCUUCUGACGGAAUGUUGGGUCAUAUACCUGCUCGGAAGAUUGGAACAGCCUUGACCGCGCUGAGGCAAGAGGGCAUCUCUGCCUGCCGUCUUGGCACAAACAUUAUUGAUUGCUCCCUUGGCACAAUGAUUCUGGCCUUGGAUGUGCCUUGUGGGAGUAUCUGGAGUCAACUAAUUUUCAUGGUCGACUGAUACAGUGGCAUGCAUAGCAAUGGAUGAUCUCUACUCAUUGACGGAAACUUGUACAUUAGAAGGGGGGCCGUGAUCAUAGAGUGGAUUUGGUCUCGCAAAGAAUAAGGCUUGUAUUCAAGAUGAAAGACUACUGGAUGGAAUUCUAAAUGUAGGGGUCUACAAG